AAACGAUGAAACGGGGAGAGAGAGAAAAGAGUGGAAAAGGAGCAAAAUUCACACAAAAUUUGUCCAAAGAACCGUGAAAAACGGAUUUAAAUGCUGAUUCCAUUGGAAACUGACGUAAAUUUCUAGCUAAAACGUACACAAAAGUUUCACGAAUAAUAGUAGUGUUUGCACAAACGGAAAUUACAUAAUGUGUUGUUGAGAAUUUUGUCAUUAGUUUGCGUUGGAAAUCCGGAUUGUGUUUGCCAGUGAUAAAUCAAUCAGAUACAUACUGAAGGGACAUUACUGGUUCGGUAAGGUGGAAAAUACGUGCCAGCGUAAAUUGGACAGUAUCUUGGUCGGAUGGAAGUGAAGACGGAGGAAAAUGUUGCUCCGCAGGCGAAUGGACUCGAAGCAGUUGUUGGGAAAAGUGGAAAGAAGAAAGCCAAAAGGAAAAAUCGGUCUAAAAAUAUCGCCACAAAUGCAUGUCAGGAAGAGCAUCAUACCCCGCAGGAGGAGGAGGAGGGGGAUAAUGGAAUUACGUCCGGGAAGCAAAACGGAAUCACCCAGGAUGAACAGGAACGCUCAGUUGAAAAUGUGUGUCAGAAGCUAGAACAGAGCUUGAAGCUGGGCAAAAAUGGAUUGACCAAUGGUACCCUUUCGGAAGCAGAACACCAUCAUCAAGUGGCCAAACCGGAACCAACGGCGACCACCGGGAAGAAGAAACACAAGCGACACAAGAACAAGAGUCAGUCGUCGACUGCUAUUAGUGGGAGUGAACCGGUAAACUGCGAACCUCCUUCAAAGAGUGAAAACAGCAAACCUGAAAACCCGCCCAAGAAAGAAGAUACAACCGUCGUACUUCCGGCUAACGAAUCACCGCCAGCAGCGCCAGAAGAGCCACCAAAGCCCACGAUUACGUACCAGGUGUACGAAUCGGAACUGCAGAUGCCCUGCAUAAUGUCACUCAUCCAGAAGGACCUAUCGGAACCGUACUCAAUCUACACGUAUCGAUAUUUCAUCCACAACUGGCCGCGGCUUUGUUUCCUGGCGUGGCACGAAGAGCGCUGCGUGGGGGCCAUCGUUUGCAAGCUGGACAUUCACCGGCAGAACGUGCGCCGGGGCUACAUUGCGAUGCUGGCCGUCGACAAGGACUACCGGAAGCUCAAAAUCGGAACGACGCUGGUGCAGAAAGCGAUUCAGGCUAUGCUCGAGGACAACGCCGAUGAAGUGGUCCUGGAGACGGAAAUCACCAACCGGCCAGCCCUGAGACUGUACGAAAACCUCGGUUUCGUGCGGGACAAACGCCUGUUCCAUUACUAUCUGAACGGGGUGGACGCAUUGCGGCUGAAGCUAUGGUUCCGAUGAAUAGCGCCAUAAACUGUAGGCUAAUGAGUGAACAGGCAUUUUUUUGUAUAAUGGCGGUGUUGUAGAAUAUAUUGUGUGUGGUGUUUUCGGUUCAAUGGCAGUAGAAGAUUGUGGUUUGGCGCAACGGUAUUGUCCAAUCUUCACUCAAUUCGAAGUCGAUGAGAAAAAAAAAUCAACUUGGACAUUCGCUUGGGAAGCAAUUUCAUGUUUAGGAACCUAGGGCCCAAUCCGAGCUCGUGGCGAGGUUUUAGGCUAAAAUCUAGGCAGUCGUUUUUAGCGCAGGUGAUACUGUAGUAAGGUUUGUAAUUUAUAUAACCGAAUCUUUCAUAGCAGCAAGUAUAAAUAUUAAUUGAUAUGUGUCAACCCGGAAUGGAUGGUAGAUUCAAAGUAAUAAAUUAACAAUUUUACACUUAUUUAAAAUCAACUUAUAUAUUAAUAAAAAUGCGCAAUUCUGAGUCCAACACGUACAGCCCAAGGACCGCGAGGGCGAAAUAAUCGCAGGUGUAAGUGAGUCUGACUUACGACUAGUAAACCACAGAAAAACCAAUCAGCAAACUAUUAAUUUAUAACAUAACACACGCGUAUAUCAUUCUGUAAAUAAAGUUGAUCGUCGAGAAAGACUGACGUUCUUCUAA